CGGGAAAAAGAAAAGAAGGUUUGUCAAACAACACUAUAAAAACAUCAAAACCAAACCGCAAAACCAAACCGCUAAGCUUUGUUUCAUUCAUUCACUUAACGCCAAACAGAACCAAACAGAAGCCAUGGCUGAUUCAUCAAACCUAAAAUCAGACUCCAUUAUGGAAUUAAUGAAACAGCAUAUCGCCUCCGACGCUGGCAAAGACGUCGUUCAAAAAAUUGGACUCGUUUAUCAGUUUCAAAUUGCUCCUAAGAAAAUUGGUAUCGAUGAAGUCAUCUACACCGUUGAUCUCAAGAAAGGAGAAGUCACCAAAGGGGCAUAUGAAGGUGGAAAGCCCGAUGCAACUUUUUCAUUUAAAGAUGAGGACUUUGUUAAGAUUGCAUUGGGGAAGAUGAAUCCACAGCUUGCUUUCAUGAGAGGUGCAAUGAAGGUUAAAGGAAGUUUGAGUGCUGCUCAGAAAUUUACUCCGGAUAUCUUCCCAAAGCCGUCCAAGAUGUGAGCAGAGAGGUCUGUCAUUACAGCAAUAAGCAAAAUAUAUAAACCUCAAAACCCGAGGAGUAUAUCUGUAGUUUAAGACAUUGAUCAUCGUGAAAAUAUAGUCGUGAAAAUAUAGUAUCGGAUAUUGAAGGAUAUAGAUAAUGUUAUGCAAAUCUUCCAGAUGAUUGUGAUAAUAAUAAGUUGACGUUUCAAGUUUAAAAAUAGUUCAUCAUGAUCAUGCAAUUCUAUUGUUUCUUCCAUUAA